AUUAUCCAAUUCAGUCUGCUUUUUGGUAACGCUCCGGCAACUUUAAGCUUUAAAUUUUCUUCAAUAGAAAUAUUUUAUACCCAUGUUACGUACCAUGGGUAUCGACCAUUUAACUUGUUGCUGUGUGAUUUUAGCGUGCAUCCUGAUACCGGGUAUUUUCUCCGGUACCGUAAAAUAUGCGGAUGAUCUAAUCAUUAGCCAGAAGCAAAAGGAAAUUUUGGAUAAGUUUCGUGAAAUUGUACUCUCUCGCCUACCGCAUGAUUACAUGAAAAGGGACAUUUACCUGGUCCGUUGGCUUAGAGCAAAACGUUUUGACAUUGAGGCUUCUGAAACAAUGUUCAUGCGGAAUUUGCGGUGGAGGGAGGAAAAUAAAAUGGACACCAUACUUAACGAAGAAUGGAGUGAUUUAGAGCUAAAUUAUCCUAUUCUCAUGCAAGGUUGUGACAAAAUAGGACGACCAGUUGUUAGCGGGCAAGCGGGUGAGUGGGACGUGCGAGGUGCCAUUUUGGCGGGAUUGUACGAACGUGGCCUCCGGUAUGUGGACCGAAUAUUAGAAGAAUCCGUCGUCAUAGUUCGAAAAGCGCAAGAAAGAGGGGAAAAUAUGACACAAUUUGUCGCUGUUAUAGAUAUGAGACACUACAGCUUUGUUCAGCAUGGGUGUCCGCUAUGUGUGAUAAUGUACGCCUACGCAGCUCAAUCAUACCGAGAUCACUACCCGGGUAGUGCACACCGAGUUAUUAUGAUUAACGUUCCAUCAGCUUUUUUAGCAGCUUGGACUUUGAUACGAUCCGCCCUUCCGGAGGAUGAGAGAAACCUUCUCGUUUUAUAUGGGCGGGACGAGCAUGAAUGGAAAACACCGCUAUUUAAGGAGAUAGAUCCUUCCGAGUUGACCAUUGACUUUGGUGGCACCAAUGAAGAAGCAGUAUCUCAGAUUUCAGAUCAUUUCUACCGAGAUAACGUGUCAUGUGAAUGGAUGCGACAUCAAAGAAAUAUUGAUAAAAACGGGAUUUGAGGAUUUAGAAAGACUGAAUUUGUAGGAACGCAUAAUAUUUUUUACGGGGUGGUGCAAAAUUCAACUGAAUAUAAUAAUAAUAACUGAAAAAAAUUAAAAUUAAAUCCAAGCCAAAAUUUUCUCAAAUGAA